AUGCUCGACUAUUUUCAGAUAACGGAGGCGCUUUCGCCUGAGGACCGGCAGACACAGACGGUGGCUCGCGAUUUCAUGGAGGCCGAGGCCUCCGAUAGCGUGCUGGACUGGUGGGAGAGCGGUGAGUUUCCGGAGCAGCUUGUGCCCAAGAUGGGCGAGAUGGGCUUUCUUGGGGCGAAUCUGCCGACUGAGUACGGCGCGAGCGGCGUCAGCAAUGUCGCCUACGGGCUGAUCAUGUACGAGCUGGAGCGCAUAGAUUCGGGUUUUCGCAGCUUUGCCAGCGUGCAGGGCGCGCUUGUGAUGUAUCCGAUAUACCGCUAUGGCUCUGAGGAGCAGAAGCGCACUUACCUGCCGCAGCUCGCCGCCGGGCAGAUGAUAGGCUGCUUCGGGCUGACCGAGCACGACGGCGGUUCCGACCCCGGCGCGAUGAAGACGCGGGCGCGCAGGGAUGGCGAGUCGUACAUCCUCAACGGCGUGAAGAUGUGGAUCACCAACGGCAACAUAGCGGACAUAGCUAUCAUCUGGGCGAAAGACGAUGAUGAUGUGGUUCGCGGAUUUGUCGUGCCAACGGAUACACCCGGCUUUCAGGCGAACCACAUCAAGCACAAGAUGAGCAUGCGCGCAUCGGUAACAAGCGAGCUAGUGAUGGACGAAGUGCGAAUACCGGCAUCUCAGAUGCUGCCGGAGACUCGUGGGCUGUCCGCGCCGCUAUCGUGCCUGACGCAGGCGCGCUAUGGCAUCGCCUGGGGUGCUCUGGGUGCGUUGGAAGCAGUAUAUGAGGACGCGCUAUCGUUCUCGCAACACCGUAGCACCUUCGACAAGCCCAUUGCGUCAAGGCAACUGGUGCAGACUAAGCUGGUCGAUAUGGUAACGGACCAUACCAAUGGGUUGCUUCUGGCAUGGAGGCUUGGCGUACUGAAGGAUGCUGGCACGAUGCAUCAUACGCAGGUGUCAAUGGCGAAGCGUAAGAAUGUGCGUGUUGCGUUGAAUGCCGCUCGAAGCGCGCGCGAGAUUCUUGGAGGAAGCGGCAUCACGCUCGAGCAUCCCACCAUACGGCACAUGCUCAACCUGGAGACGGUGGACACCUACGAAGGCACACACGAUGUUCACACGCUGAUACUGGGGCGAGACAUCACGGGGCACAACGCGCUGGUGUGA